AUGACUCCUAGUCAGAGAGCUCGCUAUCUGAAGACCGGGGGUAUCCUGGCCUUCAUCGUACUGCUCCUGUUUCUUUUGACUCCCAGCGAGAAAAGAGGGUUUUCGAAUAUCGCCGGAGGAUAUAGCGGCGGUCAGACGGCUAUCGACCCCACUAUCAGCACGGAUAAAUGCACCAAAUCAUAUCAUCCCUCGAAGCCGUUGAUUCAAUACGCUCUUAUGAUCGAUGCAGGCAGCACAGGUUCGCGUAUCCAUGUCUACCGUUUCAACAACUGUGGUCCGACUCCUGAGUUGGAGAACGAGAUCUUCAAGAUGACUGAGCCCAAGGCUGGUGGAGCCGGCCUCAGCUCAUACAAGGCGGAUGCCGAGGGCGCUGCGAUGAGUUUGGAUCCCCUGUUGGAAGUAGCUAUGCAUACAGUUCCAGAUAAGCUCAAGCCUUGCUCCCCCAUUGCCGUAAAGGCGACGGCAGGCUUGAGAUUGCUUGGCCCGGAAAUGAGCUCAAAGAUUCUUGCCGCAGUCCGAACUCGAUUGGAGACAGUCUAUCCCUUCCCUGUCGUCGCUGAUGAGAAGGGCGGAGUGCAAAUCAUGGACGGCAAAGACGAGGGUGUAUAUGCAUGGAUCACUACGAAUUACCUUUUGGGCAAGAUUGGGGGUCCCGACGAAACCCCGACUGCCGCCGUUUUUGACCUUGGCGGUGGCUCGACCCAGAUCGUUUUCCAGCCUACCUUCAAGAGCCCCUCGGGCGGAAUGCCCGACACCUUGGCCGAGGGAGACCACAAGUACAACCUUAGCUUCGGCGGCCGCGACUUCACGCUCUACCAGCACUCUCAUCUUGGUUACGGUCUUAUGUCGGCAAGGGAGGCGAUGCACAAAAUCGUCCUGGACGCCCAGCUUGAGGAGCAUCCGACUGACCAUACUUGGCUUGGAGAACCCAUCAUCAACCCGUGCGUUGCGUCUGGCAUGUCACGAGAGGUGGAGGUGAAGCUAGGAGAGUCUAAUCCUUUGGGUGCCUCAAUUAAAGUGAACAUGACUGGUCCCCCCGAGGGAUCGCCAGCUCAGUGCCGUGGUGUUGCAGAGAAGAUUCUGAAAAAGGAUGCUGAGUGCAAACUGGCGCCCUGCUCCUUUAAUGGUGUCCACCAACCCUCGUUGGAUAAGACCUUCUCCAGAGAGGACGUGUACAUCUUUUCUUACUUUUUCGACCGUACACAGCCUUUGGGCAUGCCCGAGUCCUUCACUUUGAAAGAACUGAAGGAUUUGACUGCCAAGGUCUGUGAAGGCGAGAGUGGCUGGGGCAUCUUCGGCAGCGUUGAGGGAGCCUUGGCUGAGCUGAAGGACCGGCCUGAAUGGUGUAUGGAUCUCAACUUUAUGUUUACUCUUCUUCACACCGGCUAUGAGAUGCCCAUGGAUCGCGAGGUAAGAAUCGCGAAGAAGAUCAAAGGAAACGAGUUGGGAUGGUGUCUCGGCGCCAGUCUUCCUCUCCUUAGCCAAGAAUCCGGAUGGAAAUGCCGUAUCAAGGAGAUUUCAUGA